AGACAGCAAUGCUAAAAUUUAAGAAAAGAAGAAAGUAGGCAGUAGUACUUGGAAUUAAGGUGAGUUGAUCAUCAGAUUAGUAGAGAGAAAAUGCAGGCUGUGAAGGAUAAACUACAUGAUAUGACCGCCAUGCGCCAGGCCAAGGCUGAAGCAAAGGCCGAGGAGAAGGCGGAGAAGGAAUUGGCAAAAGCCCGGAUCGAUGUUGCUCAUGAGGUCCGAUUGGCGAGAGAGGCCGAGGCAGAAAUGGAGCUGCAUGUGGCCAAGGCUGGGCAAAGGGUUGAGAGGGAGAUUGCAAAGCAUGAAUUCAAUGAGAAUAAUAUUGUGCCUCAAAAUAAUAAUAUUAAUAUGGAUGGCAAGGUCUACAACCACGGAUCUCAAAAUGAUGAUCCCAGAAGCUAUGGAGAUGGAUAUGCUUCUCAAACUGACAACUACUGCGGCGGCGGCGGCGGCAAUAUUAAUAGUAAUGCCGCCACUACCAAUCUCACAGGGGCUCCAGCUGAUGCCACUGCUGCUGCAAAUUAUACCAGUGCUGGUCGUGCUGCUUCGUUUCCUCACAAUGAACGCUUGUGAACUAGUUCUGUUCUGUCGUCUCUGAUAUCAAAUAUUGAUUCGUCUCUUCUCUCAUGGACGUUUCAGUUCAAUAACAAGCCAGUCCGAUCAAAAUUAACUGGUCGUUUAUAUUAAAGCUAUCUAUGUUGAUUUUAAUUCAGUAAUUAAUAGCUGCUUCCUUCCUUUAAUUUUUCCAUUUUCUGCUUCAUUUUAUUUCACGUACGAUAUAUAAUUGUCUUUUGUAAUUUCAUCACUCCACGUAGUAGUGAUAAUGCAAUGAUAUUUGUACGUCUUGAUAAUUUUAUUAA